CUCCCCGGGGAGGGGGGUGGCGGUGGCGGACUGCCCGGGCUGAGCCGGACUCGUGCGCUGUGUCUCGGCAGGAGUGCGGGAAGAUGGCCGGGGCUGAAGCGGGCGUGAGCGGCGCCGGCAUCCAGCAGCAGCAGCACUCGGCGGUGGCGGCCGCCGCGGCGGGGCCCGGGGACGAGUCGUCGGACAGCGAGGGGGAGCACGAGGGGCCGCAGAAACUCAUCCGCAAAGUGUCCACGUCGGGUCAGAUCCGCACCAAGACAAGUAUAAAGGAAGGACUACUAUUGAAGCAAACCAGUUCUUUUCAGAGGUGGAAGAAACGCUAUUUCAAACUUAGAGGUCGUACCCUUUACUAUGCUAAGGACUCAAAGUCUCUAAUAUUUGAUGAAGUCGAUCUGUCAGAUGCCAGUGUAGCUGAAUCGAGCACAAAAAAUGUCAACAACAGCUUCACGAUAAUCACUCCAUUUAGGAGGCUCAUAUUGUGUGCUGAGAACAGAAAAGAAAUGGAGGACUGGAUCAGCUCCCUGAAGUCUGUGCAAUCUAGAGAACAUUAUGAGACGGCACAGUUUAAUGUGGAACAUUUCUCAGGGAUGCAUAACUGGUACGCCUGCUCCCAUGCCCGACCUACCUUCUGUAAUGUGUGCAGAGAGAGCCUCUCUGGAGUUACUUCUCAUGGCCUAUCUUGUGAAGUGUGCAAAUUUAAAGCACAUAAAAGGUGUGCAGUCAGGGCAACAAAUAACUGCAAGUGGACUACGUUAGCCUCCAUUGGGAAGGAUAUCAUUGAGGAUGAAGAUGGUAUAGCUAUGCCUCACCAGUGGUUAGAGGGUAAUUUACCUGUUAGUGCCAAAUGUGCAGUCUGUGACAAGACCUGUGGCAGUGUUUUACGCCUACAAGAUUGGAAGUGCCUUUGGUGUAAAGCUAUGGUUCACACUGCCUGUAGAGAUCUUUAUCCUCGUAAGUGUCCGCUUGGCCAAUGUAAAGUAUCCAUCAUACCUCCCACAGCUCUAAACAGCAUAGACUCUGAUGGUUUUUGGAAAGCUACCUGCCCACCAUCCUGUGCCAGCCCUCUCUUAGUUUUUGUUAACUCAAAGAGUGGAGAUAAUCAGGGAGUAAAAUUUCUUCGUCGAUUCAAACAGUCACUAAAUCCAGCUCAGGUGUUUGAUUUAAUGAAUGGAGGACCUCAUUUAGGUUUAAGGCUGUUUCAGAAGUUUGACAACUUCCGGAUCCUUGUAUGUGGUGGAGAUGGAAGUGUUGGUUGGGUUUUGUCGGAAAUUGAUAAACUCAGCUUGCACAAACAGUGUCAGCUGGGAGUGUUGCCUCUUGGUACUGGAAAUGACCUUGCCCGGGUCCUUGGUUGGGGAGGGUCAUGUGAUGAUGACACACAGCUUCCUCAGAUUUUGGAGAAGUUGGAACGUGCCAGCACUAAAAUGCUAGACAGGUGGAGUAUUAUGUCAUAUGAACUAAAAUUACCUUCAAAGCCUUCUAUUCUUCCAGUUACUCCAGAAGAGGAAUCUGAGGAAUGUCAGAUAUCUGCCUAUGAGGAUUCAGUAGCUGCUCAUCUUGCAAAAAUCCUCAAUUCUGAUCAACACUCAGUUGUCAUAUCAUCUGCCAAGAUAUUAUGUGAAACUGUAAAGGACUUUGUUGCCAAAAUAGGGAAGACCUAUGAAAAAGCUAUGGAAAAUGCAGAUGAAGCUGAUUCCAUGACCCUUAAAUGUUCAGAAUUAAAUGAGAAGCUAGACCUGUUGCUCCAGACUCUUCACACUGAAUCCCAGGCCACUCCCAUGCUGCCACAUAUCACUCCCCCCAUUGUGGAAGAAGAAGUGGAAGAGUAUUCAAGUGAAGAAUCCUUAUCGGAAAGCAAGGAGAGUGAAGGAAAGUCUUCUAUCCAGAAAAUCUUCAAACCAAGAGAACAGUUAAUGCUGCGGGCAAACAGCUUAAAGAAGGCUGUAAGGCAGAUCAUUGAACAGGCAGAAAAAGUUGUGGAUGAACAGAAUGCUCAUACUGAAGAACAAGAGAACCAGUCUGCUCUAGAAUAUAGUAAAGAAUUGGAAGAAUGCAAGGAAGAGGAAAAAGAGGAAGAUACAAGAGAACAUGAAUUCCAGUCAACCAAAACUGCACCAAGAUCUCCAGAUCGACGUACAAGUCGAGCUCUCCAUUCUCAGACAGGCUCUUUCUCUGCCGCAGCCUUGGCAGCCAGUAAAGAAAACCUCCCAGUGCUUAACACUAGAAUAAUCUGUCCAGGUUUAAGGGCUGGCCUUGCUGCCUCUAUUGCAGGAAGUUCUAUUAUCAGCAAAAUGUUACUUGCAAACAUUGAUCCAUUUGGUGCUACUCCAUUUAUUGACCCUGAUCCAGAUUCAUUGGAAGGAUAUUCAGAAAAGUGCGUCAUGAACAACUACUUUGGAAUUGGAUUAGAUGCAAAAAUUUCAUUAGAAUUUAAUAAUAAACGAGAAGAACACCCUGAAAAAUGCAGAAGCCGGACAAAGAAUAUGAUGUGGUAUGGUGUACUUGGUACAAAAGAAUUACUGCAAAGGACCUAUAAGAACUUAGAACAAAAAGUUCAACUUGAGUGUGAUGGACAGUACAUCCCCCUUCCCAGUCUUCAAGGUAUAGCUGUGCUAAACAUCCCAAGUUAUGCUGGUGGGACUAAUUUCUGGGGUGGAACCAAAGAGGAUGACAUAUUUGGAGCACCAUCAUUUGAUGACAAAAUUUUAGAAGUUGUUGCAGUGUUUGGCAGCAUGCAGAUGGCAGUGUCAAGAGUCAUCAAAUUGCAACACCACAGAAUAGCUCAGUGUCGGUCAGUAAAGAUCACCAUCCUUGGAGAUGAAGGGGUUCCAGUGCAAGUAGAUGGAGAGGCUUGGAUUCAGCCCCCUGGGGUUAUUAAAAUUGUACAUAAAAACAGAGCUCAGAUGCUAACGCGGGACAGAGCUUUUGAAAGCACUCUGAAGUCUUGGGAAGAUAAGCAGAAAUGUGAUUCCUGCAAGCCUGUCCUGCGGUCUCAGCUGUACCCUCAACAGGCCAUUGACUUGGCUACAGAAGAAGAAGUUGCUCAGAUCCAGCUGUGUUCACAAGCUGCAGAAGAACUUAUUACCAGAAUCUGUGAAGCUGCAAAAACGCACAGCCUGCUGGAACAAGAGCUUGCUCAUGCUGUCAAUGCAUGUUCCCAUGCAUUAAAUAAAGCCAAUCCAAGGUUUUCUGAGAGUCUUACCAGAAACACUGCCACUGAAAUAGCUGUCAAUGUGAAGGCACUGCAUAAUGAAACGGAAUCUUUACUAGUAGGAAGGGUUCCUUUGCAGUUGGAAUCCUACCAUGAAGAACUGCUGUCUGACGCUUUGCACAGUGUAGAGAUUGAGUUAAGAAAACUCGCUGAGAUUCCAUGGCUUUAUUAUGUUUUCCAAUCAAAUGAUGAUGAGGAUCCCCCUCUGGAUUAUGCUAAAAGAAACAACAGAAGUACAGUAUUUCGCAUAGUGCCAAAGUUUAAAAAGGAAAAGGUCCAAAAGCAUAAGACCAGCUCUCAGCCUGUUCAAAAAUGGGGCACAGAUGAAGUUGCUGCUUGGCUGGAUCUGCUCAGUUUGGGAGAGUACAAAGAAAUCUUCAUCAGCCAUGACAUCCGAGGCUCUGAGCUUUUACACCUGGAAAGGCGAGAUCUUAAGGACCUGGGGAUAACGAAAGUGGGACAUAUGAAGCGAAUUCUCCAGGGAAUUAAAGAGCUUAGCAAGAACACACCUUUGUCUGAUGUGUAAUUAUACUGGUGCUAUCACUGGAAAGAGGAAGAACUGCUAGUUAAGCAAAGCCAUUGAAGGCACUUUGCUGUCUUUGUAGUUUACUAUAUGGAUGAGUAGGCACUGGUAUACCAUGCAAGUUAAUAUAUCUGUAUUCUUGUGUGGGGAAGAGCCUGAUGUAUGAAUCUGAGAGGUUUUGUGCCAAAAAAGAGGUUAUAAAUUCCAUGAUGAUGUUUGCUUAGUGUUUAAACUUGACUGGUUCAAAUAAGCACAUUUUGGUUAAGAGAUCUGUGUAUGGUGAAAUGUGUUGCCUGGAAAGUGUAUUUAAGAAACAAUUGCUUUGCUUUAGGUGGCCCAGUGUGGCUCCUUUUACAGUGCAGUAACAUAUCACUGUACAGCAUAAGGUAGCCUCAAUAUAUUUGAGGCACAGCUGCCCUAAAAGGUUCUGUACAGAGAUGGAUCAUUUUUAGUUUUGCAUGUGAACUGACAUUGCCUCAGGUACCUAGCACUCACUGGCCAAGGAAUAUGGUUAAAGACAACUUGUAUACCAUGAAUGCAAACUAUAAUGCAUGGUAUGCCUGCUUGAAUUGUCCGUUUUUCUGUUGCAUGGCACAUCUGGUAUUUUAAACACUUGAACAACUUUGAUAUCAGUUUUAAUAAGAUUUAAUUUAUUACUACUUGUGCGUCUUUCUUUUUUUUUUUUUUUUUGGUUAUAGGCACUUUUCUAUUCAUUCUUCAGUGUUGUGUUUUACUUAAAUAUGUUCGGUGGCAAAGGACUUGUGGGUGUGAACACUUAGCGACUGUGCCAUAUUCAGCAAAUAAUGUGCAUUAUAUAUGAUUGAAACAUUGUAUAGUUAGAUCUUUAAAUUUGCCAUGUACAGUAGGUAUUUCAGGUCAUUAAUUUAUGAGUGUUUUGGAAAACCGGUACCUCACAAAGUUUACCAAUUGGCUUGUCAAAUGGAAAAUCACAAAGAUUUUUUUUCUCAUGAUUCAUUUAAUGGAGUUCGUUGGUUACCUUGAAUUUCCGUAGCAUAUUUGAACUGUUAAGAAGUAACAAUGCCACUUAAUUUAUUGUGCAAAAAUAUUAAUGCAGUCCUUAUUUAAGUGAGCAGCAAAUUCAUUUUACAUAUCCUAUGUAUGAAAAAGU